CAGGUGUCUAUGCAUUCAAUAUUUUUCUUACCAAGUAUCCCCCUUCCCUCCUGCCAGCAGAAAAAACAAAAAAAACAUAAAAUAAAACCACAAAUAUAUAUAUAUAUAUAUAUAUAUAUAUAUAUAUAUAUAUAUGGGAAAGCUUUUGGUGAGUGUUUUCCUAGUAACAUUCUUGUUCUUUUUGGGGCACAAUGUGGAAGGACUUGGUGUUAACUGGGGUGACAUCUCCUCCCACAAGUUGCCUCCUAAAGAUGUGGUCAAAAUGUUGCAAGAGAAUGGCAUUAAGAAGGUGAAGCUUUUCAAUAAUGAUGACACCAUCUUGAACGCCUUGGCUGGAACUGGCAUUGAAGUCAUGAUUGGCAUAUCCAAUCAGCUACUCAAGGAUUUGGUUAAUCCUGAUGUAGCCAUGAAAUGGGUAAAAGAAAAUGUCACUCGUUAUGAGCCAAAGUCUCCUAAAGGUGUUAAUAUCACACUAAUAGGUGUUGGAAAUGAGCCAUUCUUGAGGGAUUACAAGGACACACUAACAAAUGUGACAGGGCCAGCAUUAGAGAACAUGCAAAAUGCACUGAAUGACGCUGGACUUGGUGACACCACCAAGGCAACUGUACCUCUAAAUGCAGAUGUUUACUUAUCACCAAGCUGGAAUCCUGUCCCUUCUGCUGGGUUUUUUCGCUCUGACAUCGUCGAUCCACUCAACUAUAUUCUUAAGGUCUUGAACAAGAACAAGGCUCCUUUUAUGGUUAAUAUUUAUCCUUUUCUCAGUCUUUUUUAUGGAAAUGGUGCAUUCCCGUUUGACUAUGCCUUCUUUGAUGGUGUGAGCAAUCCUCUUAAGGACAAAGAUGGUGUUGAAUACAGCAAUUGCUUUGAUGCCAAUCUUGACACUUGUGCAGCUGCUCUAGCAGGAGCAGGGUAUGGCAACAUGACCAUUAUGGUAGGAGAAAUGGGAUGGCCUACGGAUGGAAAUCCUUAUGCCAAUGUGACAUUGGCUGAAAAGUUUUACAAAGGAUUUGUAUCAUAUCUUGCAAAAGGAAAAGGAAGCCCACGUCGCCCUGGAUACAUUGAUGCUUACCUAUUUGCCUUAUUUGAUGAGGAUAGGAAGAGCACACUCCCAGGAAACUUUGAGACACAUUGGGGAAUCUACUACGAUGAUGGCACACCAAAGUUUCCUCUUGAUCUACGUGGAAAUAAAAAGAAUCUUGUCUCUGUCCCAAAUGUGGAGAAACUCUCCAAAAAAUGGUGUGUGAUAAAGCCAGAUGUUAAAAAUUUUACAGGCCUUAUGUCAUAUGCUUGUGACCGUGCAGAUUGUACACCUCUUACUAAUGGAUCAUCUUGCCAAAAUCUUAGCGAUGCUGACAAGGCUUCAUAUGCCGUGAAUACCUAUUUCCAAAACCAACAACAACAAAAUGGCACUUGUGAUUUUGAAGGCAAGGCAACAACAACGACAAAGGAUCCAUCUCAAGGGACAUGCAAAUUCACCAUUGGCUUCAAGACACUUACUUCUCUUGCUCCUUCUUCUUCUCCUUCGGAUCAUUCAGAUGCCAAGGCUCCUUCAUCAUCAUCUACUUCUCAUUUAGCUUCAAAAUCUCUGGCCUUUGCUUCCAUUGGUAUCUUUUUUAUUGUUUCAAUAUUUUUCAUGUAGAUGAAUAAAAUAUUGGAGUAGUUAUUUCA